CAAUUUCGGUUUACCUUUCAAGUCUUGCUAGCAGUGUGUUGUGGUGCUGUUUCGUGUGUCGAUGGGUAAACAUCGUGAUAAAAGCAAGCACAGUACUACAUCUGGACAUAGACGCUGUGACCAUGAUGAUAGGCAAGAUAACGAUCGUCAUGCCAAGCGCCCAAGGCACGAAAGGAGGUCGAGAGAGAGUGGCCAAGAAGAACCGAAGCCCAACAGGUUGCAUCACGAUCAAGGCGAGCCUCGAAGUUUGCUAUUCUUCCGUCAUGAACUCUCAAGGAUUUUCUUCGCUGACAACAGCCCGAUACGCAGGAACUCCAAGCAGUACGACGACUUUUGGACGUUUCUGAAGAAGUAUGAAGAGCACAAGCGGAAAAAGCGUGAUGAGCCCGGGGAACCUCGAGAAAACCCAUCUGACUACCUGGAAACAUCUCUGGGACUACCACAGACCUACGACCCGAUCCACAAGGUCAACUUCUCUGUCUUCCCCGGUGAACCCAAGGCCCUGAUGCUUGACGCCGGCGUUAUGGUUGACACAGACGACAGCGCUAACUCGCUGUCCGAAGCAGAUGUCGCAGAGGCUCGCACAGUUUUCCACCUCUUCCUGGACUUCCUCCAGCGCCAAAAAUUCGCCAAACUCAAAAAGCUGCGUGAUUUCCAAAGGAACCUCCCGAUCGCUCAACAGAAAGAAGCCAUCAUCGAAGCGGUCCAGAAACAUCAGGUGGUCCUGAUCGCUGGGGACACCGGUUGCGGCAAGUCGACGCAGAUACCGCAAUACCUCCUUAAUGCAGGCUUCGAGGGGAUUGUCUGCACCCAGCCGCGCAGGAUCGCGGCCAUCGCACUCUGCAAGCGCGUCGCGUUUGAGACCCUCAAUGAGUAUGGCACGCACAUCGGGUACCAGAUCCGGUUCGAGCGGCACCGCAGCAAGCACACGAGGAUGAUCUUUAUGACAGAGGGGCUCCUGCUGAGGCAGAUCAGCAGCGACGCAAUGCUGAAGGACUACAGCGUGAUCAUCCUUGACGAAAUCCACGAGCGGCACCUGACAUGCGACUUCCUUCUGGGCGUCGUCAAGUGCCUACUUCAGCACCGGGAGGACCUCAAGGUCAUCCUCAUGUCAGCCACGAUCAACAUCCAGCUGUUUGCGCAGUACUUCAACAACUGCCCCGUUGUUCAGGUGCCAGGACGCCUGUUCCCCAUCCAAGUUCAGUACUGCCCAGUCCCCGUCGAAGAGAAGCGUUCCCGCACUGGCCGCCUCAACCCGGCUCCCUAUGUCCGUCUGCUCAGCCUGGUGGACAACAAGUACCCCAGUUCAGAGAGGGGGGACCUGCUGGUCUUCCUCAGCGGCAUGAGCGAGAUCUCGGCCGUUCAGGAGGCGGCUGAACAGUAUGCGAGUCAGAACGGCCACUGGAUCAUACUUCCACUCCACAGCACUCUGUCGCUGGCCGAACAGGACAAGGUGUUUGACUAUGCCCCCGAAAAGGUGCGCAAGUGCAUCCUCUCCACAAACAUUGCGGAGACCUCGGUGACCAUCGACGGCGUGCGCUUUGUCAUCGACUCGGGCAAGGUGAAGGAGAUGAGCUACGACUCGGCCAGCCACAUGCAGAAGCUCAAGGAGUUCCCCAUCAGCAGGGCCAGCGCUGAGCAGCGCAAGGGACGGGCUGGCAGGACAGGUCCUGGCGUCUGCUUCCGCCUCUACUCGGAGCUGGAAUAUGAGGCGCUGUCUGCCUACUCCACCCCCGAGAUCCAGAGGGUGCCCCUCAACUCCCUUCUGCUCCAGCUGGUGGCACUGGGCCUACCCAACGUGCGCCAGUUCCCAUUUCUGGAGCCUCCGCCGAGCGAGAGCAUUGAGGAAGCUGUCCAAGUGCUCAAGGAACAGGGUGCCCUGACAGCGGACGAGGAGCUCACCCCGACAGGGCGCAUCCUGUCCCAGCUCCCUGUGGACGUGACCAUUGGCAAGGUCCUGAUCCUGGGCUGCGUCUUCCGCCUGGUUGACCCUGUGCUCUCCCUCGCUGCCGCACUGAGCAUACAAUCCCCUUUCACCCAGCGGUCAUUCAGGGACCUCGAUGCCUCGGCCGCCCGCAAGAAUGUGGACUCGGACCAUGGGGACCCCUUCACCCUGCUGAAUGCCUACCACGAGUGGCUGUCCAUGAAGUCGGGCCGCGGGGAGGACACCCGCAAGUGGUGCCGCCGGCUGGGCCUGGAAGAGCAGCGCUUCUACGAGAUGACCAAGCUCAGGAACCAGUUCAGGCAGCUCCUGGAGGAGGUGGGCCUGAUGGAGCGUCAGGUGGAGGCGGCGAGCAGCGUGGAGCGCGUCCAGCGGCACGGGGAGUUGCGCAAGCUGCGGGACCUGCGGAGGCAGAUGCAGAAGGAGCCCCGGAAGAAGCGGGUGCUCCGGCCGACUGGAAGGGACGAGGACGAAGAGGACGAGGCCAUAGACCUCAAGGACGUGGAGUUCAGGCUGCAGCAGGACCCAUCCCAGGUUCAGGGCUUCCUGAAACGGAGCCGCAGCUUUGGUUUCCACGACCUAAGCCUGAUGAAGCUGAUCCUCUGCUCUGGCGUGUACCCCCAAAUCGCAAUCUCGGACGACCACAACUCCUACAAGAGGGACUCCGACCAGGUCUUUCACACCAAGGGUAAGGGCUUUGUGGUGCUCCACCCCAACGGAGUGCUCGCUCUUCAUGCGGACGUUCUGCGACUGGACGACUUGGACGUCUUGACGGUGCCCGGUUUCCGAAGCUCUCUGCCAGUCAGCACCAAGCAUCAGGUGGUGGCGUUCAUGUCACUGUUGGAAACGACAAAGCCAUACCUCCUAAAUUGCCUAAGGGUCCAGUGUGUGCAGAUGCUUCUGCUGGUGUCAUCUGCAAUCGAUUCCAGUAUGACUCUGUCCAGGUUGGUUUUUGACGAGUUUGUUGAGGUAACGUUUCCGGAUCCGGACGAAGCGCUCCAACUGGUGCUGAAAGUGCUGAUCGCCCGCAAGCUCUACGGGAAACUCCUUGCCCUGAUGCUCGAAGAGACGGUGGAAACGGAAGGCAAGCGGGAGCCCAGUCCAGAAACGCUCCACCUGCAGCGUAAACUUCGGCGCAGGUUCGACGCAGUCCUUCGAACCGAGAUUGCCUACACGGUGCGGCGACUUCUCCCCGCCGACGUGAAACACCUUUACACUGGAGCGCAAGCAUUUAGAGCCCUAGCACAAGACGACGAUUCACUGCCAGAGGAACGCUUCAAGGUCAACUCCAAGAAGGGGGGCGUCUUCCUCAGCGAGUUCUUCACAUUUGGCAGUCUGGAAGAGAUUAGCUUGUCUGCGGAUGCCUUUGCGGAUAAAAAGUGGAAGUGUCCCAUUUGCGAAGAAGAGUUUCCUUUGUCGGUCAUUGAUGCUGUCCUUCAUCUGGAUGACUGCGACAAAGACGCCGACAUCAAAGAUGAAGCGGAACCCUCCAACGAAGAAACAGUGCGGCGGGACCCGUCGCAAAAGGCAUACUUCUGCAAGGAGUGCAACAAGGAGCUGUACCUGUCGCUGCCCGAAAUAUUCAAGCACAGGAAAAGCCAUCAGGUGGCUGAAACAAGAGAGUCAAGCUGAGAGACAGCCCCGAAUUCAGUGUAAAAAAAUGCAGUGUACAUAGAGCCAUCGUCACGGCAUCUCACUUAUUAGAAAAUGUCAGUAAACAAACAGCUUUAUCGUGCUUUGGGGCUAGACAAAUCUUGUAUAUAAUUUUAAUAAAGCAUGUUUCUUACUGGAAAGUGCUUCAUAUGAGAAAGUGACGAGCAAGCGUUUGUGCUACAAUAGCCCUUUUUGUCAGAAAAAAAGUGAGGCCAGUUGUGUUCUCUAAAAUGAACACUGCAAUUGGCUUUAUAUGCGUGUUUGUUUAUUAAGCCGCGGGAAGUUGGCGAGCCCCAUCGGGCGCCUCCUCUGCAGAUGAGAAGUUUAGCCAGUGCUGUGCCACUGCUAGCCUGGAGCACUUAACGUGCAUUAUGCAGUAGUGACAGGG